CUGUCCUUAAGUUAACAUGUAUCGUUUACUUAGUACAUUUAUAUGUGUUUUAUCAUUUAAAUUCGUAUGUAGCUUAUCAGAAGUGGACCAAACAUGUGUGAACGCCCAUAAGAACUUAUUAGACAAUAGUUUUCUAAUUGGAACUUGGUAUACAAUUUGUAAUUUUGCCUCAAGAUUAAACCUACCGUCUUCAUCAUACUGCAAAGAAACUAUUAUAAAAAAUGCAACAAAAUCGGAUAUUAAGAGAUAUAAAGAGGGUUAUCCUUUAGAAAAUCCGUUUAAUUUUGAUGACAAUCCAUUAAUAGUAUCAGAGUUUAUUAGACAAAAAGGUAUGAUAAUGGGACACACGGAGGCAAAAUUUUACGUUUUUGGUCCCGAAAACUAUUUUUAUGGACAAGAUAAAUACAUAGUGAAGGUUUUCAGAAAAGUUAGUGAAGAUUACGUGUUAGAACAUGAAUGUCGGUUACGCGGUCAGUUUAGAUCGUUGAUGUCCAGGAAACGUCAUGUGAGCAAGGAACAGUUGAAAAGAGUCAUUUCCACUAUGGACAAAGAGGUGAAGGAUAUGGAGACGCAAAGGUUUUGUACUGAGGACGCAUUUUUUUGAACUUUCUAAUGUUAUGGUUUUAUGAAUUCAUAAAAACAUACUUACUUUAUAGUUUAGACAGUGUUUUUUUGUUAAUAAUAAUUUUAGGGUUGCGUUUGCCCGAAAUCUCAUCCACUCUUAAAGAGGAAAAUAUAGCCUGAAAUAGGUACCUACCCUAUGAACAAAUAGAUAACAUUACAAAGCUUAGUACAUCGCAAUAUUUUGAUGAAUACGCGAACCAUGUUAUCAUAAAGUUAAUUGCUAUUAAUUGUAUGAUUAUUGUGAUUACUUACAAACAAAUUAAUUAUUAUCAGUAAUAGCAAUAAUAUGCAGUAAGUAUAAAAGUAUAAACUAAUUUACGGCACGUGUACGAUAAGAAAUAAUCAAAUGAGCUAAUUGAAUGGUCUUCUACAUCAAAACAAGAUUACUUAAAAUUAUUUAUUUUAUAGACGAUUAUUGUUAAUGUUUUCAUGGUUCAUGUAUAUAUUUUGUAUGUA